AUGGCCACUUGGGUAGAGAAGGUCGGGGCUCAAGGGGCCUCUGUUGUUGUGAAGGGUGUUUGCUACGACAAUCCGAUUGGGUUCACUCGGGCUGUAGGAUUUCCGGGUCUUAUUUACACAGUUGCUAAGAUCAUGAAUCUAGCUCGCAUUUUCAGAGUUCCACAGCUCUUCUUUCUUAUGAUGAUCUUGUUCUUGCAGAUUUGUGUUUCCUCUGUGGACCCUUUGGCAUUUCCUUCUGCAGUGGAAGCAGGUGCCCAAAUGGUGGAAAUUGGAAAUUAUGAUUCUUUCUACGAGAUGGGAAUUCAGUUUUCCCCUGAACAGAUUCUAAAGCUCACUAGAGAAACUAGAAGGAUUCUUCCAUCCAUUACACUGUCUGUAACCGUGCCACACAUGCUUAGUCUCCCUGAUCAGGUGAAGCUAGCAGAGUUGCUGGAACAGGAAGGUGCUGAUAUAAUCCAAACUGAAGGAGGGAAAUACUCAAGUCCAUCAAAACCUGGUGUCCUUGGUUUGAUCGAGAAGGCCACACCAACGCUAGCAGCUGCAUACUCCAUUUCCCGAGCAGUUCAGAUUCCAGUUAUGUGCUCAUCUGGAUUAAGCGCUGUCACUGCACCUAUGGCUUUAACAGCAGGAGUAGCUGGUGUGAAGUAG